UAUUACCAGCCAUAAUCAGGUGAACGCUUUUGCUUCUGAGACAUAAGCACAGUUAGGUUUCAGUUGUCAGCCACGAUAAAUUGGCUGCAAGUUUCCUCUGUUCUUACUUACUGAUCGAUGAGGACCUGAAGACAUGGCUCCAACACUGUUUGACCAUGGUGCAAAGCCCGGGGACCUGAUCGAGAUCUUCCGCGGAACGUAUCAGCACUGGGCUGUCUACAUCGGCGGAAAUGAAGUUGUUCAUUUGAUUCCUCAGAGUGAUGACUCGAGCCCUCUUGGUAGCCUGUUGAUGCUCCUGGACAGCAGGAGGGCACGGGUGAUGCGCCAGAAGAUCUGGGAAGUGGUCGGCGGCCACCGUUUUGAAAUCAACAACCUCCUAGAUGACAAGUACGAGCCUCGAGACCGCCACGUCAUCGUGAGGGAGGCCUGUAGGAUGGUGAGCUCGGAGCUGCCGUACAAUGCCGUCACUCACAACUCUGAGCACUUUGUCAACGAAAUACGGUACGGCCAGUCAGAGUCUCGUCAGGUUAACAGAGCAGCUGUGAUCGGAGGCGCCGCUUUAGCAGGCGUUGGCAUCGUAGCUUUGGGUGCCGCUCUGCUCGCCACCUUGCUCAAAGAUGACGACGACGACGAUGAAAAGAGACAUCGUAAGUGACAGCGAUGAGACAGAAAGAUGAAAGGAAAGAUCUCUCAUUUGUGAAUCAAUUCACCCGGCAAUCAUUUUGAUUCAAACUGUGACAGUGAAUGAACUACGGCACAUGUGCACUGAACUGAAAAAAGUUGUCUUUGUUGGUGUUCUGUCAACACACACAAAACAAUUCAACUUUGGAAAAGAUGGAGCAAGCAGCUGUUGAAGAAAAUGAAUGGCUGUCAUAA